UUGCAUUAGUACAAUUUUAACCGCGAGUGUCGAACGUAUUUUUCGGUCAAGAGCUACCACAAAUUGCUAAAAUGAAUAAGCUGCUGGUUUUGGCCCUUUGCCUGGGUGUGGUCUGUGGAGAUUUCCAAGCAAGUUUGGCGAGAACCAAACGCGACAGUUUUCACUCGCGCCACUACAGUUCCCACGGGCAGGCGGUGGAGCAGGCUCGCAAGAACUCUGGCUACGGAGGCUAUAGUAGUGGUUUCGGAGCUGGGUAUGGAGGUGCCUCCGGUCAGGUGGAUGGCGCAGCGUUGGGAAACCUGGAGAGCUCCUACGACUCCGUGGGUGCCACUGAAUCCGCUGAGGGUGCCUCCGCUGGAGGUGCUGGUGGCGUUGAGCUUUUGGGUGGAGCUGCUGGUACGAACACCAUUGGUAGUGGUGUGGGAAGUACUGGUUCCUUCGGGUCCAACUUUGGCGCCGGUUUUGGCACCCAGAACUCUGCCGGCUUUGGCGCCCAGAACUCUGCCGCCUUUGGAGCCCAGAACGCUGCCUCCUUUGGCAGCUCCUUCUCCACCAACUCCGCCUUCCACACCAGCUCCAACUUCGGCAGCAGCGCCGCCCACCAGGUGGGCAGCAAUGUGGAGUUCGCCGAGAACGCCAAUGCCGGCAACAAGGUCGACUUUGGUGGAGUGAACGCCGUAGACACCAGUGCUCAGCUGCUCAGCGGAGUUCAGACCGUGCAGUCUGUCCCCACUUCCGAGUAUUACAGGCACGAGAAGAUUGUGUCCACCCCGCAUCAGGUGGUCUACACCAUUCCCGGUGGCUCCCAGCGUUACGUCCAUCACGAGGAGCGUGUUGUCGAGCAACCUGCCCAGACUCAGAUCACACAGACGGUCCCAGUUCAAAGCGAACACUACUAUCAGCGAAAGGUAACCACCACUGCCUCCGCACCACAGCUGGUUCAGCCAGUUGCCAGCAGCCGUUUGACCUACGGAUCGAAUGCCGCCUCCACUUUUGGCAGCAAUGUCGCCUCCAACUUUGGCAGUAAUACCGCCUCCAACUUCGGUAGCAAUGCCGCCUUCAACUCUCAGCUCGGCAGCUCUUUUGGCCAGAACUUCCAGAAGAACAGCCAGCUGAGCCAGCUGAUCAGCCAAACCCAGCAAGCUGCCCGCCAGCAGGCUGCCUCCCAAGGCGUAUCCGCCAACCAGGUGCAGGCUGGAAGUGGCUACACCUCCGGAUCACAGGGAGGUUUCAACUCUGGCUACAACUCCGCCUUCAACUCUGGCUCUCAGUUUGGAUUCAACUCCGCCAGCUCGUUGAACUCUGCCAGCUCCCUGAACUCCGCCAGUGCCGGAAACAGUGCAGCUCUACUGAGCGGAUCUUUGUUGGGCGGAAGCCAAGGAUCUCUGUUGAGCGGACAGGUUGGCGGACAGCAGUCGCUGCUCAGCGGAUCCCUGUUAAGCGGACAGCAGAACUUGGGACUUGGACUGAAUGCGGCGCAGACCGGUCAAGUGGCUGGAGCUAGCAACUUUGGGGCUGGAUUAUCAGCAGGCGCCGGAAACUUGGGCAGUGGCUACAGUACCAAGCAGUGGGAGAAGCAGUCCAAGUGGUCUUCCCAGAACUCGUUCGAUUCCAAUGGCCAUAACAACAACUACAAGGAUUUAGUUACCGGCGAGAGCGAAAGUGUUGACAUCAAUGGAAAGCGGACGGGAUACCAUGCAGUCACAGCCUCCGUCGAUGACAAUGGCAAGUUCGCCACCCACAGUGUUCACUCGUAAAGCGGCUACAUCAAUCAGCACCCAAAACUUUACGCCUGUCGUGUUCUUAGGGAGUGAAAUACUCAGCUCGCAAAAUAAUGUGAAGUAAAAUAAAUUGUUUAAAUGUCA